AUGGCGCCUAAGAUCGAUCCCAACGAGAUUAAGUACAUUUACCUCCGUACCACUGGUGGUGAGGUCGGUGCUCCCUCCGCCCUUGCCCCCAAGAUCGGUCCCCUUGGUCUUGCGCCCAAGAAGGUUGGUGAGGAUAUCGCCAAGGCCACCGGCGAGUGGAAGGGUCUCCGUGUCACCGUCCAGCUCAAGGUCCAGAACCGUCAGGCUCAGGUGUCGGUUGUCCCCUCGGCCUCGUCGCUCGUCAUCAAGGCCCUGAAGGAGCCCCCGCGCGACCGCAAGAAGGUUAAGAACGUUGCCCACAACGGCAACAUCCCUCUUGAUGAGGUCAUCGAGAUUGCGCGGACGAUGCGCUUCAAGUCGUUCGGCAAGAACCUCGCCAGCGUCACCAAGGAGAUUCUCGGUACCUGCCAGAGUGUCGGCUGCACUGUCGACAAGCAGGCUGCCCACGAUGUCAUUGAGGGCAUCGACGAGGGCACCAUCGAGAUUCCCGAGGAGUAA